AUGGCCAGAGCUUUCGCCAUCAUCAUGAGAUUCAUUGUGGCCUCCAUCGUCAUGCGGUUGAUUUUGUUUACCACCAGAAAUGGCAAGCGAAGCAUCGAAAAGGUUGUCAACGCAGACGCCAGAGAUACAAAUCUGACCAAUGUCACAGCCAUCCUUAGCCGUGCCACAAGUCGAGUUGUCAGUGCUGAUACGGAGCGCUUGGCACUGGUCACCGAACUUGGCAACGUUUCCGUUACAUUUGUUGCUGUAGGGGCAUUCUUCGUUCCGGGAGCAUGGCUUGGCACUUAUGCCCACGGUGACCGGAGUACAAGUACCAUCCAGACAGACUUGCCCUGGGUCACAAGCUUCUCUCUCGGUUCCGCAGAAUGCUGGGUCGUCCCCAAGCUUGAUGGCUGCGCACACGUUGUUGAGACACACUUCACCAGCCUUACACUUGCUGGAUCCGCCACAAUUCAGGGAAUCGGUGACGACGUCGAUGGAGUGACAGGCUCCGCUCUUGCACCACUGGCCAGAGGCACAAGCAGUCUGCGCAUCACCGCAUUUUUCGUGGUCAGCGUCGCCGAUCUUUAG